UGGUGCCCACCUCUGGACUCCCUGGCUGCAUGCCACCGCUCAGCUGGGCGCAUUUAGGAAGGGAUCUUUGGAGGUGAGGGAUUAGAGUGGGGGGAGUGCUCUGUGUCCCCCACCCACUUUUGAGCAAGCCCCAGGCGUUUGGGCUGCUCGGGGUAGCUUUACGGCUGCUCCACGGAUAGGUGGAGUUCCUUCAAGGGAGUGACGGGCACCACCGAUGAGGCCAGGGGGGCACCGAGGAAGGGGCUGGGGCGCCGUGCCCACGGGGGAGCCGGGCUCGGCCGUCGGGCUGGCAUGGGGGAUCCUGCUCACCCUGGCUCAGCUGGAGCCGGCGGCCGGCGCCAACCUCACCCUGGCCGUGGUCUUGCCGAGGCACAACACGACCUACCCGUGGGCCUGGCCGCGGGUCGGUCCGGGCAUCGAGCUGGCCAUCCGGAAGGUCAACGCCCAGCCGGACCUGCUGCCUGGCUACAUGGUGCAGAAGGUGUUUGGCACCAGCGAGAACAGCGGCGGGAUCUGCUCGGACCUCAUGGCCCCGCUCUCGGCCGUGGACCUGAAGAUGGGCUACGACCCGCACGCCUUCGUGGGGCCGGGCUGCGUGUACAGCACGGCCCCCGUGGCUCGGUACACCCGGCACUGGGGGCUUCCCCUGGUGACGGCGGCGGCCGAGGCCGUCGGCUUCGGCAUGAAGGAGGACGAGUACGCCUUGACCACCCGCACCGGCCCCAGCCACGGCAAGCUGGGCGAGUUUGGCCUCCACUUGAGCAAGCAUUUCAACUGGACCAACCGCGUCAUGCUGCUGUACCGGGAUAAGGUGGACAAGAUGGACGACCGGCCCUGCUUUUUCGCCGUGGAGGGUCUCUACGAGCAGCUGCCUUUGCUGCAAAAUAUGACCAUUGAGGACAUCCCCUUCAUGUCCACCAACUACACGGCCCUGAUCCGGGACAUCAAGCAGAACGCUCGCAUUGUGUACGUCUGCUGCGCCCCUGACACCUUCCGUGAAUUUAUGCUCCACGCGCACCGCGAAGGGCUCACCGCAGGCGACUACGCCUUUUUCUACAUCGACCUCUUCGGGACAAGCAUGCGGGGCUCCAGAUUCCCUGACCGGAAACUUCCCUGGCAACACGGAGACGGGAACGAUGAUGCGGCCCGGGAGGCUUAUAAGGCCGUGAUGAUGAUCACUUACAUGGAGCCCAGAAACCCAGAAUACCGGCUGUUCCUGCAGGAGGUCAAGCGCACCGCCAAGGAGCAGUUUAACUACACCAUGGAGGACGGGCUGGAGAACUUCAUUGCGGCUGCGUUUCACGAUGGGGUGAUGCUUUACGCCCACGCUGUGAACGAGACACUGGAGCAGGGCGGGUCUCUUGCCAACACCACCGCCAUCACGCUCCAGAUGCGUAACCGGACUUUCUACGGGAUCACGGGGCCCUUGCGGAUUGACGAGAACGGAGACCGGGAAACGGACUAUUCUCUCUGGGACCUGGAUCCAGCGACGGGAGAUUUUGAGAUCGUUGCGAAUUACAAUGGGACAACCAAGAAGAUUGAAAUGGUUCCGGGAAAAAGCAUCCACUGGCCGGGCAACGCCAUUCCCAGAGAUGUGCCCUUCUGUGGUUUUGAGAAUGACAACCCCCUUUGUCAGAAAGCCUCUUUCUCCUCGCUAGAGAUCUUGUCGCUGGCAAUGACGUUGCUCCUGUUUGGCAUCGUCAUCGUCGCCUUCUUUGCACACCGGAAAAUGAAGCUGGAAAAGGAGCUGGCGUCAGAAUUCUGGCGUGUCUGCUGGGAGGACGUGCAGUCGAGCAACUUGGAGAAAAAUUUACGAAGCAUGGGCAGCAAACUCACGCUCUCGCUGAGAGGUUCAAAUUACGGGUCUUUGCUUACCACCGAAGGACAAUUCCAGGUUUACGCAAAGACGGCUUAUUACAAGGGGAACCUCGUGGCCGUGAAGCAUGUGAGUCGGAAGCGCAUCGACCUGACGCGGGACGUCUUGUUUGAGCUGAAACACAUGCGGGAUGUCCAGAACAAGCACCUGACGCGUUUCAUUGGCGUCUGCAUCGAUCCGCCGAACAUCUGCGUCUUGACGGAGUAUUGCACCCGGGGAAGCUUGCAGGAUAUUUUGGAAAAUGACAGCAUCACUUUGGACUGGAUGUUUCGCUAUUCGCUCACCAAUGACAUUGUCAAGGGGAUGCUGUUCCUGCACAACAGCGUGAUCGCCUAUCACGGCAACCUGAAGUCGUCCAACUGCGUGGUGGACAGCCGCUUCGUGCUGAAGAUCACCGAUUACGGGCUGGGGAGUUUCCGCCAGGCGCCCGAGACGGACGACUCGCACGCCCUCUUUGCCAAGAAACUCUGGACGGCUCCCGAGCUCUUGCGGCUGGGCACCACCCAGUGCCUGGGUACUCAGAAAGGGGACGUUUACAGUUUUGGCAUCAUCCUGCAAGAAAUUGCCCUGCGCAACAGCGUCUUUUACGUGGAAGGGGUCGAUCUGAGUCCCAAAGAGAUUAUUGAGCAUGUCACGAAUCCGGAACAUCCUCCCUUCCGCCCCUCGUCGAAUUUGCCCUCCAACCUGGAGGAGGUGGUGCAUCUCAUGCAGAGGUGCUGGGCCGAGGACCCGCAGGAGCGCCCGGACUUUCAGCACAUUAAAGGCAUGCUGCGGAAGUUCAACAGGGAGAACAGCUGUAACCUUUUGGAUACGCUGCUGUCGCGCAUGGAGCAGUACGCCAACAACCUGGAGGAGCUGGUGGAGGAGCGCACGCAGGCCUACUUGGAGGAGAAGCGCAAAGCAGAGGCCCUGCUGUACCAGAUUUUACCCCACUCGGUGGCAGAGCAGCUGAAACGUGGAGAGACGGUCCAGGCAGAGGCCUUCGACAGUGUCACCAUCUACUUCAGUGACAUUGUGGGGUUCACUGCCUUGUCGGCAGAGAGCACCCCCAUGCAGGUGGUGGCCUUGCUGAACGACCUAUACACCUGCUUUGAUGCAAUCAUUGAUAAUUUUGAUGUCUACAAGGUGGAGACUAUUGGGGAUGCGUACAUGGUGGUGUCCGGUUUACCAGUUCGCAACGGCCGACUGCACGCCCGUGAGAUUUCCCGCAUGUCCCUGGCGCUGCUGGAAGCGGUCCGCAACUUCAAAAUUCACCACCGGCCUGAACAGCAGCUCAAGCUGCGGAUUGGGAUCCACAGUGGUCCUGUUUGUGCAGGAGUUGUAGGCCUGAAGAUGCCACGUUACUGCCUCUUCGGGGACACAGUGAACACAGCUUCGCGCAUGGAAUCCAACGGCGAAGCAUUGAAGAUCCACUUGUCAGCGGCCACCAAAUCCAUCCUGGAAGAGUUUGGGUGCUUCGAUCUCGACCUCCGAGGAGACAUAGAGAUGAAGGGCAAGGGAAAACUCCGGACAUACUGGCUGAUGGGGGAACGGGUCAGCAGCACCCGAGGGUGAUGAAAGACGCAGAAGCUUGAUCUUGCUCCCUUCAGGGAGCUCUGCCUUCUUGGCUCAGGCACCCAAGACUGUCUUCAGGGAAACCCAUUGGCUUGGAGUUGAGGGCAUCAUGGAUGGACUCCAGGGGCCCAUCCAUGCUCCCCUGCCCAAUUUCCUUUUGCUUCUGCAUUGCCCUGCAAAUCUAGCCUCGAGUUCCAAAGGUUGGGAUACCUGCAGGUGAUCAGGAGGCGAUCCGCCUUCUUCUCUGCCUGAAUUACGGGAGGCUGGCUUGGGCUCCAGUCCUCCUUCGGGCCAUCUCCUCUUCCUUUCCGGUGUGGACAUUUGGACCUUCUGCUGCCGAGUCAGCAUCGUGGCUAGGGAGGGAAGGACGGUGGAUCUGUACGCGCAAGCCCAUGCGGGUUCCUGGGAGCUGCGGAUUUUACAAUAAAAGGAAUGUAUAUGUUGA